UUCCAUAGCGGCGGCAGGAGGUGUCGCGCCGGGGAACUUCCUGGUUCCCGGGCUCGGCUACGCCGGGAUCCUCUUGGAAGGGAAACAAUGGGGCGGAGGGCACUGCGGUAGCUGCCGCCGCGCCGGGACCUGCUCGGCCAACGGGACUCCCCGCUCUGCCCCCUUCAUUGCCUCCGCUUGGACCGUCCGGAGGACAUGUAUUCCUCCAAGAAACCUUGGACAGCAGAUUUUGGUUUAAUAUCUGAAUGGGACAACAUACAGAGACAUUUCCAGUCAUGAAUUCAGACCAGGAUGUAGCCCUCAAACUUGCCCAGGAGCGAGCUGAAAUUGUUGCUAAAUAUGACAGAGGACGAGAAGGUGCAGAGAUCGAACCUUGGGAAGAUGCUGAUUACCUUGUUUACAAAGUCACAGAUAGAUUUGGCUUUUUACAUGAGGAGGAGCUCCCAUAUCAUAAUGCAGCUGUGGAACGGCAAAAGCACCUGGAAAUUGAAAGAACAACUAAAUGGUUGAAAAUGCUAAAAGGAUGGGAAAAAUACAAGAACACUGAAAAGUUUCAUAGGAGAAUUUACAAGGGGAUCCCACUCCAGCUCCGAGGUGAAGUCUGGGCUCUGCUUCUUGAGAUCCCUAAGAUGAAAGAAGAAACGAGGGACCUUUAUAGUAAAUUAAAGCACAGAGCACGUGGUUGUUCUCCUGAUAUCAGACAAAUAGACCUUGAUGUCAACCGCACAUUUAGGGACCAUAUUAUGUUUAGAGACAGAUACGGUGUUAAGCAACAAUCCCUGUUCCAUGUUCUUGCUGCAUAUUCUAUUUACAAUACGGAAGUUGGCUACUGUCAGGGGAUGAGCCAGAUCACAGCUUUACUCCUUAUGUAUAUGAAUGAAGAGGAUGCCUUCUGGGCCCUGGUCAAACUCUUCUCAGGCCCCAAGCAUGCCAUGCACGGCUUUUUUGUCCAUGGUUUUCCUAAGCUCUUGAGGUUUCAAGAACAUCAUGAAAAAAUACUGAAUAAAUUUCUGUCCAAGCUUAAGCAACACUUGGAUUCUCAAGAGAUCUACACAAGCUUUUAUACAAUGAAAUGGUUUUUUCAAUGUUUCCUUGAUCGUACUCCCUUUACUCUAAACCUCAGAAUAUGGGAUAUCUACAUCUUUGAAGGAGAACGAGUUCUUACUGCUAUGUCUUAUACAAUCUUAAAAUUACACAAAAAGCACUUAAUGAAAUUGUCUAUGGAAGAACUUGUGGAAUUUCUUCAGGAGACCUUGGCAAAGGACUUUUUUUUUGAAGAUGACUUUGUAAUAGAGCAACUUCAGAUUUCUAUGGCAGAACUAAAGCGGGCAAAAUUAGACCUUCCAGAACCUGGCAAAGAGGAUGAAUUUCCGAAGAAACCUUUGGGACAGCUUCCACCUGAAUCUCAGUUUGCUGGCAUUAGUCACCUGAGCAAUGGACAAAGCUUUGGCAAGUCAAGUCCCCAUAAGAACAUCAGAAAAGAGAAUGACUCCUCACCUCACAAGAAAUCAGAGCAUUCCCCUCACCAUCAAAGUAGAGUUGGCACACCAGAGAGAGUGAGACAACUAAGACGGAAAUCAGUGGAUGAGGAUAGUAAAAAGCUUAAAGAUGAAGCAGAUUUUCAAAGAAAACUUGCAUCAGGUCCACAAGACAAUACCAGGCAAUAUGAUCAUGCAGCUGCUAAUCAAAACAGCAAUGCUACUUCAAAUAUCAGGAAGGAAUUUAUGCCCAAAUGGAAUAAACCAUCAGAUGUUUCUGCUAUUGAAAAAAUGGCCAAAUAUGCCCCUGAAGGCAAAAGUCGAUCAGCGCACCCCGCGCUUACAGUCACCAUCCCGUGUUCCGCUGACCCUCGCAUGUCAAACUCGAGGCCAAAGAUGAAGGUCUGGGAUGCUGAGGAAGGGAAACGGGGCUCAAACGCAUCACAGUAUGAUAAUGUAUCUGAAAAUGAAAAUGGCACAUCUGUUGAAGAGGCACUCGAAAGGGCUUACUCUCAAAAUCCAAGGAAUAUUGUUUACGCUCACAGUCCAAGAAAGCACGCUGAGCCUAGUUCUAGUCCAUCAAAAGUAUCAAACAAGUUUACUUUUAAAGUACAGCCUCCAAGUUAUGCAAAAUAUCCAACUCAGUUAGAUGGGGAAGAUCACGGGACAGUGCACCCCCCAUCUUACAGCAGUCCUCCUGUUUACCAUGGAAAUUCUCCAAAACAUGUCCCUACUGCUAACAGCAGCUUUGUGUCUGCACAGUUUAGCCAUGGCGGGCAAAUGAAUCCUUCCAGGAGACCUCAUGGUUCCACUCUUUCCAUCAGUGUUUCUCCAGAGAAACUGCAUAGCCGCCCAACUCCUCUUGUCCUACCAUCUAAUCGAAUAGAGGUUCUUCCCAUUGAUAUUGGUGCUGGGGGGUAUUCGGGCCAUUCAGGGUCCCCAAAGAAUGGAAAAUUCAUCAUUCCUCCAGUGGAUUAUUUGCCAGAUAACAGAAAAUGGUCAGAAGUCAGCUACACAUACAGACCUGAGAUGCCUGAACAGCCAUGGACUCAAGAUGCUAACCGUAGCCACUUAAGCAAUUUAACAAAAUAUUCUGCCUUUCAACAUGUACCCUUUCAGGACCAUAACCUCCCCACAGUAUCCAUGGAUAGUCCAUUGCGGUAUAGAACAUCCCCAGCUUUAGAAGAUGCCAGUUCACCUGGGUAUCCAUAUGCAGGGCCCGCAGCUCCAGUGUAUCACUACAGAAACCGGGAUGGACUUUCUAUUCAAGAGUCAGUAUUGCUGUGAGAAUUCAUCUAUACUUACUUAAGACAAGAAAAUAGGAACCAUACAGAACCUACAUUGCUAUGUUUAUAAUUGCCAAAGCAGUAUUUUAUACCAUUGUAAACAACUCGCACAAUUGAUAUGUAUGUUAGUAAUAAGAAUAGAUGGAAGUAUUUUCAUCCCCCUGUAGAUGCUGCUUAAGAUGAGCAUUUUAAAUGGCAUCAUCACUGAACCUGUUGAUUCAUCAUGGAAACAUAGCAAUAGCAUAUAGGGAUGCACGCAAAGUAAUUAUUCACUACUCAGUUUCAUUUGUAGCUUUCUCCAAAACCUGAACCCUUUUACUCUAUUAGCCCAUUCUAUUUUGAAUAAUGUUACAAAGCACUGAAAAACUGUAGACGUGUAGAGUCUACGUGUAGAGUAGAUUUUUAAGGCUAUAUGUAGUGUAUGUGUCUUUUAAUAGAUAUAGGCAUCUAUGCAUACACAUUUGAACACAGAACUUAUGAAACGUUUUAAAACAAUGUUUUUAAUCCAGAUCCAUGGAAUAAUUUAUUGUUCUUCUUUUCUUUAACUGGUCUUUUGGUCAGGUUUUCCCCUCUUAUAUUUUUUAACCCAGAUCUUAAAUGACUUAAGAGUUUACCCCGAGUUGAUUAAUUCAAAUCUCACAGAAUGCUCAUAUUUCUCAUUCAAUUGCUAACAUUUUCUUUUACUCUGAAAAUUAAAGAUGUUGAAGAGAAAGGCUAACCCCUUAAUGGUGCUUAAAAAUUGUGGCAGUCAAAGUAAGUUUAUGGCCAAAGGUGCAGCAGUGCCCAGAUUGUACCGAGAUCGAGAUCGGCAUUAGUGCCUCUGCGCCCUUUGUUCUGGUCUGACUCCUGCAAAGCUCAGAGCAGAAGGUUCCUUGCCUGAUGCAAAGGAGGUGCCGUGGUCCUGGCUACAGCUCUCCUGUGGAUGCCAGCAGGAGAGGUUGCAAGUUACUGUUGGGCAACAGAACAAACUAUUUGCAAAUUCCCCGGAAACCAGGAUUAACAAUUUGGUUACUUCUGCCCCUCAGAUUCCUGCAGGGCUUCACUACAAAGUGAUGGGUGGUCAUUUACAUGAUAUUUUUCCUGGCACUCUUUUCUUUGAAGAAUGUAGUCAGUGGAUAUUGCUGCACUUGGGCCAUUAAAUUAUUGGUGUAUAAAAUUACAAAAAAUGAUCUGAAUUAUUAAUAAGAAUCUAAAAUUUUGAUCUUUUUUUAGAUAGUGUGAAUUUCAUAAUUUCAAAAAAUCUUUUUUUUCUUGUUCAGUGAAAAAAAUUUAGGUUCAUGUUAGAAAGAAAUCAGCAGUGUCUUUUAAAAUAUUCUAUUUACACUACAGUUACCACAGCACUGACAAAGUUUGGAGCAUGCUGAGAAAGUAUGACUUUGUGUUUAAUUGGAGGGCUUGUUUUCGACAUUACUUUGCUUACACUUGAAGAAUAGAGUAGAAAACUAACAUGAGGGGCUCUUGUUGCAAGUUGGGGCUUUAAGCUUUCAAGGUACAGAAGUAUGUCUUUUAAAAUGAAAGUUAACAUUUGUUUCGCUAGUGAAUGUGACAAUAUUUUUAUGUAUAUAAUGAGUCUAAUGUAAUUUUAAUCAACUUGGAAAUGAUGUUAUUAAAUGGCAAAACAAAUGUAGUAUAUUAGCAGGUAAGGCCUACACUGAAGUGCAAACAAAAUUCUGGCAUCACUGGGCUCUCGAUUCAGAUCAUGUGAAGCUUAGAAAUAAAUGUAUGUAAAAAUGUAGCUGAGGAUAUCCUUUCUAAUUUUUAAAUAAUGAUUCUGUGACUUGUAAUAAAUCAAGCUGUACAAUUUAGUUCAUAAUGGCAGCAUCUGAGCUGCUCCCAAAUCUGUAUAUCAACAGUGGGAAAUACUGCAGAUUUAUAUAUGUAUGUAUGCAAAAUAUGUAUACACACACUAUUUUCUUAUCUCAUCUAGGACAUUUUUUAUCUGUAUACUUUUUUGAUGUGAUUGUUUUUAACAUGCUAAAAGUAUACAUAUAUAUUGUUUUGUGUCUUUUAUGUGUUUUUUAUAUGGCAGAAGUGCUGCAUCCUUGACCCUUCUAAAGCUAAUUCUCUUCUGCAUAGAUAUGCCCAGUGUUUGCUGACAUGAUUUUCUGUAUAAAGUAUAUAUAGUUAUAUCAGGUUAUAUUAUAUAGAACUUAAUCAAAUUCUGUGUUAUAUGCUUUAUUAAUUUCCAGUAGUACUGUGUUUAGAACUACAGCACCUGCCCUUUAUAUUAUUUAACUGCCAUUAUUAAUAGCAGUAAGGUAUUAUUUCCAAUCUUCCCCUUUACAAAGUGUAGAUCUCUAUGUUACUUUUCCAAGUAGCAAAUUUUAACUUGAAGUUAUUUUGCCACCAUUCAAUUUCACACUUUCAGAUUUAUUUUUAAUAAAGAUAAAUAAUGAAAACAUGAUAAAAGAUGAAAUAAUAUUGGUAAAGUGAGUUAAAAUAUAUUUAUGAAAAACAUUUGGUAAGAAUUUUUAUGGGUGGAGACUGAUUUUACUCUGUAAUUGCAUAUACAAUUGUAAAUAUUUUAUUAUUAAGUCUUCAUAGCAGUUUUGCCUAAAAUAAUAAGCACUUUGGUAUAGUUUUUAUUUUUUUAAUAUUGAGUUUGAAAAUUUAAAGAAACUAGACCCAGAGUCUCAAAUGGUUUUAAAAUUUUGACUCUUUCAGGAGCUUAUGUUUUUUACAGGUUUUUUUAAAAAAAAUCAUAACUUUUUAAAGUUGGGAAAUAUAUGUAGAGUCAGAUAUCAAAGUAUUGUAGGGGAGGAACAUGUUUUUUGUCUACCCAUCUAGGUUCUCCAGUUGAGGCUCUGUAAACUGGACUGACAAAAUGCAGAUGAACAAGAGAAAAACAAACAGAAGUUUACUAACAUGUGUAUCAUGCAUUCAAAUAGGAGGACCCAACGACAGGCUGAGUAAAUGUAGGGUCUAGAUACCCAACUUAAUAAAGAAGGGUUAGGGAGAAAGGCACAUAUGGAAAAGCAAGUGACUUUUUGGGAAAUGAGUAGGCCUUUUGGAAAAAUAGAUGGGAGAUACGAUAGUUUGUGACAAGUCUGGGUGUGGUAUCAGAAGAGAUGAGAGUGGCCUGGGAAGUGGAUGUGUGGCUGUUGUGUUCUUUGGGGAGGUUCUGCUUUUGGGGUAGGUAAGGGAUUUCAGGAAUUCGAAUGCCUUCAGCUCAAAAGCUGUCAUAUGCCAAAGUGGCAUAUUUUGGGGUGGUAUGUCCUGAUCCCCUUCAGCAUCAAAAAUAAAGUGUUAAAAAAAAGAGAACUUUAAAAGAGAGUUGACAUUUCUGGACAAGAAAAAUGGAUGUUUACAGAAUGUGAAGUGAUUGUUUUAACUUUUUUUAUUUUAAGAAGAUUCUAAUAGUAAAUAUAUGUAAUACGUAGUGUAACUUUAAAAUUGAUUUUCAUAUCUGUAGUUACCUCAGACCUGUCUAUCGGGGCCCAUUAUAAUUCAGGCAUAAAAAUAGUACCUCAUUAAUACUACCCUGCGAUCUGUUUUCAUGUUAGAGAAAAACAUGCCAUGUCCAUAAACAAGGCUUUAUUCAGAGAGGACCUAAGCUUAAUCUUCUGGAAAUACUUGUACUCUCCAUUAUCUUUUAGACUCACACUUUACUUUUACUCUGCAGUUGAUCAUGGGUUAGGAUUAUGGUUUUGAGAUCUGGUGGGUUUUUUUUUGGUUUGUUUUAAUUGGCCUUUAAUGGAUUGUAAAUAUUCAUUUCUAGUACGGAUAUUAAUGAUUAUUGACAAGGUGAUUUUAAUAAGUCAAACUUUACUUUUACAAUGACACAAGGUAUUACAUCUAGGUAGAAGGAUUCCAUUUAGAAUUUAUUAUUUUUACUUUCAGAAAGAUUUUCAGUUAAUUAUAAAUCUAAGGAUAAGUGUCACCAUUUUAUAGAGAAGAACACUGAUAAAGGAACAAAUUUUAGAUUUCAUAGUAGUGAAUCUUGACCCCUGCUGCUCUUUAGAAUUAUAUGGGGAACUUCAAAAAAAUUUUUUUUUUGUUUCUACCCUAGGCCCCUUAAAUCAGAAUGGCCAGGUAGAUUCCAGGUAUCAGGUAGUUGUAUCUUCCCCCAUUCUGUCAAUAAAGCUAUUUUUUAAAUCCUUUUAAAGUUGAUUGUCUUAUAUUCCCAC